GCCGGCCGGCGGGGGCGGUGCCGGGUCAGAGCUUUCCGCUCCGGUGCUCAGUUGUCCUCAGAAAGCCGCGCUGCGUUGUGCUGAGCCGCGGGCGGGCCCUGCCCACACUGGCAGCAGACAGCCGAGAGCAGUAACUGAAUUCCCACUGCCGCUUCUUCUGUGCCACGUCUUACACGUGCUGUACACGAGCUCGGGGGCCAGCGAAGAAGUCAAAGUGCACAGCAGGAUCUGGGGGCUCAGAAAGGGGCACCGUUCACGUGAGAGGAAACAACCCCAACGUGGGUUUACAGGGUGCUCAGAGCUGCAUUUAUGGUUCCGCUAAAGACGGCGAACACAGGCUAGCAGGUACAGCCUAGCUCAGGGGAAAUGUGCUGUCAAGAUCCCCUCAGCCCCUGCACCAGGCUGUUUUACAGGUACAGAGAUCUGGCCCCACAGCUAGUCCCACUUGACUACUCAGAUAAACCAGAUGUGAUGCUUCCCUAUGAACUCAUCAGCAGCAUGCCAGAGCUGAAGGAUAAUCCAUUUCGCCAGCGGAUAGCAGAGGUUUUCUCAGAGGAUGGAGAAGGCAAUAUGACUUUAGAUGAUUUUUUAGACAUGUUUUCAGUGUUGAGUGAAAUGGCUCCCAGAGAUCUCAAAGCUUAUUAUGCCUUUAAAAUUUAUGAUUUUAACAAUGAUGAUUAUAUAUGCAAGUCAGACUUGGAAAAAACUGUUAACAAACUGACUCGACAUGAACUUACUCCAGAAGAGGUUAGCCUUGUAUGUGAAAAAGUGAUUGAGGAAGCUGAUCUGGACAAUGAUGGCAAACUUUCCCUAGAAGAUUUUCAGCACAUGAUAGUAAGAGCUCCAGACUUUCUCAGUACAUUUCACAUUCGAAUCUGAAUCUGGUGAAACACAGAGUGGGAACUUCAUCCGAAUUCCGCCACGUACAUCAUUCCGUUCUGUUUUCAGGACCAAACACGAGUUUCAGAAACUGGAGUAAGAGCUGGGGAGAAGAACAAGUUAUAUUUCCUGUUUAAAUCUUCAGGGAUAAGAUUAAUUAAGAUUUCCCUAGGUAACUUAGUACAAAGUUUUUCUUGCCAGUUAACAUGUUCAGUACAAAUUUUGUUUUGAUUUUCAGCUUCAGCAAAUCUGAUCAACAAAGAAAUGGGGAAUACAUCCAUAUUUGUUUAACUUAGCAAAUAAAAAGAUUUGGUUAAGGUAAAAGACUGCUGGCACUAGAACAAAUAUGUAUAAACUGACCAUUAAUAAACUUUGACUUGAAAUUGGAAGGAGAUUCUUAGUCACUACUACAGCUGGGUCCUAAGAAACCCUUCCAAUUUGAAUAA